UGCGCCCUAAUACCAUCCUGCACUGUUCAGUAAUGGACGCUUGCGUUGUGUAUAGAAUCUGAAAGCCGACAGCAAACUCAUAAGGCCACACUUUUUACUAACUGCUAACAUGAAACUAACCCCCAAAUUAGUUCUUGCGAAAGCCAAGGCCUCGGACCUCGAUAGCGUUAAGAAACUAAAUUGCUGGGGGUGUAAUCUCACAGAUAUCUCCAUCUUUGCUGAAAUUCCUAAUAUUGAAGUCUUGACUCUCAGUGCAAAUAAAAUAGAUACACUGAAGAACUUUAGCCAGUGCCGCAGACUGAGCGAGCUAUAUCUAAGGAAAAACCUCAUAGAAAACCUUGCAGAACUGCACUAUCUGACUUCCCUGCCUUGUCUCCGGGUGCUCUGGCUGUCUGAGAACCCCUGCUGUGGGGAGGACCCACAGAAGUACCGCCUCACGGUGCUGCGCAUCCUGCCCGGUCUUCACAAACUAGACAACCAAGUAGUGACGGAGGAGGAGCUGGCCAAAGCUCUGGAAGAAGGAGAGGAGAUCAGUGCCCCACCUGCAAGCCACAGCAACACCAAUGGGGUGGCUGAGGCUCACCAGGAGCUUAUUCCAGCAGACCAUGUUGCAGACACAGAGAGUGACCCACUUAACUACAGCAUGGAAGAGACCAAUAAAAUUCGAGAGCAGCUUGGAAUGAAACCUCUGUCUAGAGAUAAAUUCCCAUCUCUCUCCUCUCCAAGAGAAACAGGAUCUUCGUUGGGCAAAAAGAGUCACGCACUAGACGCUGUGCUGCUGCUCCUGAAGGACCUGAAUUCUGAAGAGCUGCAGAUUGUUCAAAAGACAACUGAGAGUAGAUUACGCGUUCUGCAGAGACAAGACACUUCAUCAGAGAAGACCAGUUUCAUCCAGCAUUGAAGCAGGCCUGAGAUCUGCCUGCCAGAGGGACAAAGCAAGACUGUUUGGAAAAUCUAAUGUUGCUUAAAUAUGAAUGCACUUGUCAAAUAUAAAAGACAAUACACUUAUUGUCACAUCAUCUUGUGUUUGUAUGUUGUGUUACACUAUGAAAAUGGAGUAGAGAAAAAAAAACUUUUUGUUGUGGUUUCAGUUCCACUUCUCUGUAUUUUUGCACUUUGUACAAGCACAUUAGCACUUAGCCUAAUAAAGACAAAAAUGUAGCACGUAGAGACAGCUGAAAUCAUUUUCUUUCCAUCUCUGAAGUGCAGCAGAUUUGUUUUUCAGUCUGCUAUAACAAUCAAUCACUAGUUUUCUCUGUAGUCUUUUCUAGGCACUCUCUGUUGGUUUCUGAAACCCACCACAAAAAGUGUAUUUUUUUAACUCCACAGUUUGUGCAGGAUUAUUGCUUGAAAUAGUAUACAUUUGUUUUCAUCAGAUUAACUCAAACCUGAUUUAACAAUUCUGGUCUAGUUUGGUGUAAAGGUUUAGUAAUGACUUUUUAAAAUUCUUGAUUUAAUAUGUUAAUGUGUAACUCAGUCAAUUUCAGUUUUAUUUUGAAUGCUCCCUUCCUUCAAAUCAAAGUUAAUUGAAUUAGUUGUCUGAAUAUGAAAAAUGGUUUUGAUGAGUAUUUUGUAACAGCAUGAUUUACUUCAAGACAACUUUAUUUCUGCAUAUUAAGGUUGCAAAUAUAGAUAGGGAAAAUAAGGCUGUACUGUUCUAAUACCUGUGGAAGGCACACUGGAACAUUCUCAUAUUUGAAUUAGAUACUGGGGGUUCUGUGUGUUCUCUAAUUGUAGAGACAAAAGGUACUAUUACCAUGUUUUAAUCAUAGUAUAUAUUUUUAUGAAAAUUAAUUUUCUUCCCAGCAAUGUUGGAUUUAUAAGUCACUUCUCCCAUAAAUUACAAGUCCAGUAUUAUAUAUAUAUACAUGAGUACACAAAUAAAGAGUAUUGUAUAUAAAAAUAAUGGUAUUGUAUAUGAAUAGAAUAUUUUUGUGUACCUAAAAUAUCAUCUGUAUUAAAAUGUUCUUGUUCACAUGUUACAGCACUAUGCUAUACCACUGCAUUGGGCUCCCUACAAGAGUGUGGAAUGGCACUUGUAAAAUUGAGCAUACUUGGUUUUAAACCCUGUCUUUAAAAUGAAAGGAACCCAUUGCAGGUACAUUUUGGAGUAUUUCCUACACAAAGGUGUAUGAGAAUUUUGGUUCUUCUUGUAAUCAGAAUGUAAUAUGUCAAAGACUGAUGCAUAUUUGCAUUGUUUAUGAAUAAAGGAUUGAUGUCA